AUGAUGCCUUAUGUACCUGUCAAUCCUGCACUUCAGUAUGUGCAAUUUGGGGCACCUCUAGCUCCUAAUGCUCAGAAUGAAGGGCAAUUCUCUCAGGUUAUGAAUGUUGUUCCUCAAAUCGUCCCUCAUGCUAGUCAGAUCGUUAUUUCAAAUGUUAUUCUGGAUAGGCCAGCGGACUAUCAUAUGCUAGACGACAAAAUCAGGGCUAUAGAGGGUUUCUCAGCUUUCGGUAUGGAUGCUAGAGACUUGUGUUUGGUUCCAAAUGUGGUGCUUCCUCAAAAGUUCAAGAUACUAGAUUUUCCAAAAUACAGAGGAUUGAGCUGUCCUCGGAGUCAUGUCACGAUGUAUUGCAGAAAGAUGGCAUCCUACAUUGAUAACAAUGACUUACUGAUUCAUUGUUUCCAAGACGGUCUUUCAGGGGCUUCCUUGGAUUUGUUGGAAUUGCAUAAUCAAUCUCAGAAGUAUAAUGAAACGUUUAAAGAGUAUGCUUAUAGGUGGCCUGAAAUGGCUUCUUGGGGGUUGUAUUUUGAGAAGAUGAUUGGUAGCUCCCCAUCCAUAUUUGCAGAUAUUGUGACCAUCGGAGAAAUAAUUGAGAAUGGGGUUAAAUCUAGAAAAAUUACGGAUAUUGUUUCUCAGCCAGCUGUGAAUAAGAAACCACAAGGUAGCUUUUCGAAGAAGAAAGAAGGUGAGACAAGUGAUGUGGCGGAAAAUGUUCACCCUCAGUAA